AUGAGAAAAAUCAGCGAGCCGGCUACUGUACACUGUAGUGUACCGGCAACUCGAAGCAGCGGACCGCGAUCGGAGGUUGAACGCUUCGGGGCAGAAAACCAGUGUGUGAGACACGCAGCUUCUCAUCGCAGCAAAGUACGAUACAAUGGGGGACCGCAGCUUUUGGUGGUGACUGGCUCGGUGACGGUCGGUACAAUAGAGCAUGCGCAGACCGAGCUAAAGGGGAACGUGCAGUGUGCCGAGAAGAGCGUGCAGAGUGCAGGAGAGACUCGCGUGAAGGGCCAGCGCCGCCAUACCAAGGCGACCGAAUCGUUCCGCUCGAAUCUAGAACUGAAAGCCAUCAGACACGCUCGACAUUGCAGCGUAGAACGUCGACAGAUCUCCGGUCCAUGCAGCAGCCCCGGAGCGUUGGACGACGCUGAAACCUUCCAGAGGAAGACUGGCAGUCCUUGCCGACGGCUCCUGUUGUCCAUCAACUUCGCUGCGCAGUUCGUGCGAAAAUCCCUCUGA